UUUAACUUUAAAUGCCUGACUGAAGCUAAAUAAAAGGGUUGUGCGGGGCUGUUCGUAUCGGCAGGUGUUGAACUACUGCCCGAAGGAUAUGAAGGCGGAUAUCUGCGUGCACCUGAACCGGAAGGUGUUCAACGAGCACCCGGCCUUCCGGCUGGCGAGCGACGGCUGCCUGCGCGCGCUGGCCAUGCACUUUCACAUGUCGCACUCGGCGCCCGGGGACCUGCUCUACCACACCGGGGAGUCUAUUGACUCGCUGUGCUUCAUUGUGACGGGCAGCCUCGAGGUCAUACAGGAUGAUGAGGUCGUGGCUAUCCUAGGCAAGGGCGACGUGUUCGGCGACUCGUUCUGGAAGGACAGCGCAGUGGGCCAGUCGGCGGCCAACGUCCGCGCGCUGACGUACUGCGACCUGCACACCAUCAAGCGCGACCGGCUGCUGGAGGUGCUGGACUUCUACCAGGCCUUCGCGAACAGCUUCGCGAGGAACCUGACACUGACAUACAAUUUGCGGCAUCGACUUAUUUUCCGCAAGGUGGCAGAUGUGCGUCGCGAGCGCGAGUUGAUGGAGCGACGCAAACGCGAGCCCCAACUCGAGCAAGCGCAGGACCACCUCGUGCGCAAGAUAUUUUCGCGCUUCCGUCGCGAGCGCAGCGUCGCCGCCGCGCCCGCGCCGCGGCCGUCACUCGCGCCGGCGCCGGCUAGUGACGCCGAGCGCGGCGAGCCGGCCGCCGCGCCGCCCGCCGCGCCGGCGCCCGCCGCCGCCGCCGCCGCCGCGCGCGGCAAGUGGGGCCGCCUGCUCGCCGGCGGCUCUUUAGACGCGGGCGACGCGCCGCGCGCCGCCUUCACGCGUAGCCUUAGCGCGCGCGACCGGCCUUCGCUCGCCGCGGCUGCUGCUGCUGCUGCAGCAGCUCCGACCCCAGCGACGACAACUGUCGCCACCACGACUGCUCCCGUUACUACCCUAUCCUUUAAAGCGACGUUUGCAAAGGCGCGAUCGGCGAGCGCGCUCAGUGCCUUAGGCGGCAGCGGUGGCAGCGGGCGGCAGGACACGAUCGAGGAGGAGCUGGAGGAGCGCAAGCCCGCGCCCGCCCCGACGCCCGCGCUCGCUCCAGCGCCCGCGCCCGCGCCCGCCCCCGCGUCCGCUCCUCCGGCGGCGACCACGGCGGCGGCGGCGUCGGCGCACGAGGCCGCUCUGAUGGAGUUGCGACGCGAUGUACGGACGGAGGUGCAACGGUUGCAGCAGAAGCUCGGUCGCGUAGAGGAAUUGCUGACGGCGUUAGCGACGCGGUUGGGCGCCGACGCUGGCGACGGCGAGGAACCGCGCGCACCCGCUGACACCGCCGCAAGAAAACGGAGGUCUAAGGCGCGGAGCAAGGGCGCAGCGCCAGCAGUCCCGACGCCGACGACCCCGGGCUCAGCGCCGGGCAGCCCGCCGGGGUCGGCGUCGGCGUCUGCAGCGGCGUCGGCGGCGGCGCGCCGGCGCGACUUCGUGUAGCGCGCGGCGGCGCCCGGCGCCGAUGCGCGCCGGGCGCCCCGGGACCCUGAAACUCCUCUGUAAAAUAUCUCGUGAUAUGACUGUUAGUGCGUCGCGCACCGAUACGAUAUCAGACGUAUCGGAACAGAACAUGUAUUUAAUUAUUCGCUUUUCACAUUGUCCGAUAUCGAUACGGCAACCAUGACAGAGGUCUGGC